AUGCGCUCCUUCGCUACCAUCAUGGCUGCCGCCGCUCUGGCCCAGACCGCAAUGGCUCACUACCGCUUUAACCAGCUCAUCGUUGGAUCCGAGGUCACUGGAGAGUACGAGUAUGUUCGUCAGAACAGCAACAUGAACUCUCCCGUUACCGAUGUCACCUCCAAGGACCUGAUCUGCAACGCUGGUGGUCUCGAUACCGGCGCCCAGACCAAGACCUACAAGGUUGCUCCUGGUGACACUGUUGGCUUCGCUGUCGAUACCCCUAUUCAGCACCCUGGACCUCUCCAAGUCUACAUGUCCAAGGCCACUGGUGAAGCUUCCGAAUACGACGGAAGCGGUGAUUGGUUUAAGGUUUUCCAGAUGGGCGCAAAUAAGGCUGGUAACGACAACGGCCUUACCUUCCAGGCCGAUCACCUUAGCAAGGUCACCUUCAACAUCCCUAAGGACACUCCCGCUGGCCAGUACCUCCUCCGUAUCGAGCACAUCGGUCUCCACAGUGCUUCCUCUUUCGGUGGUGCCCAGUUCUACAUCUCUUGCGCUCAGAUUGAGGUUUCUGGCAGCUCUACUGCUAAGCCUUCUCCUACCGUCAAGAUCCCCGGUCUCUACACUGGCCACGAGGAUGACAUUGAGCUGAGCAUCUACUACCCUAUCCCCGUCAACUACCAGAACCCUGGCCCUGCUGUCUGG